AUGGUGAAGAACAAGACGCAACAGGGAGUAUUCAAUCACCAGCCCUCAAGACACUUGCAUCAUGACCAAGACAAGGAGUCAACGUCCAGGCCUUGCAUAGACCAAGAUGGUAUCCCAGCCAAGCAAGACCACAAAUCAAGGACGGAGCCUCGGCCUCUGUUUCAGACGCGUACGCCACUCUCGAGUUCGGAGGUCAUUGCGCUCCCGCCCCACUACCGUACCUCUCGUUGCCUUCACCUCCACAUCUGCUUCGCGCACACAACUGUCGGCCCGUUCCACACCACGACACCGCCCAAGAUGGAGAAUAACAAGCAGGAUGUCGACCAGACACAGUAUAUCGACAAUGCCAUGCGUGCAGUCCGCGAGAAGAAGCCCCUACCUGAGAUUGACUUUACCCUGCACACCAUGGAGGACAACACGCAAGUGAGCACCACGGAGCGUGUCUGUAAAGACGUUCAAGCGCCAGCCUUCAACCCGCCGACAGACGAGCAAUUCUUCUCACCGCAGGAUCGCACAAAGCCCAACAUUCAGUUUCUCAAGCAGCACUUCUACCGUGAAGGUCGCUUGACCGAGCAGCAGGCCCUAUGGAUCAUAAGGAAAGGCACGGAAAUCCUAAAGUCGGAGCCCAACAUGCUGGAGAUGGACGCACCCAUCACCGUGUGUGGUGAUGUUCACGGUCAAUACUACGAUCUCAUGAAGUUAUUUGAAGUCGGCGGUGACCCUGCGGAAACGCGCUACCUGUUUUUGGGCGACUACGUGGAUCGCGGGUACUUCAGUAUCGAGUGCGUACUGUACCUGUGGUCCUUGAAGAUUUGGUACCCCAACACCCUCUGGCUCCUCCGAGGAAACCACGAGUGCCGUCAUUUGACCGACUAUUUCACCUUUAAGCUUGAGUGCAAGCACAAAUAUUCCGAGGCCAUCUACGAAGCAUGCAUGGACUCUUUCUGCGCGCUGCCGUUGGCUGCAGUCAUGAACAAGCAAUUCCUGUGUAUACACGGUGGCCUGAGUCCGGAGCUCCAUACUUUGGAUGACUUGAAGAGCAUUGAUCGUUUCCGUGAACCACCCACCCAUGGCCUCAUGUGCGAUAUCCUCUGGGCCGAUCCUCUCGAAGAAUUUGGACAGGAGAAAACCAACGACUUCUUUGUACACAACCACGUCCGUGGUUGCUCGUAUUUCUUCUCGUACCCUGCGGCUUGCGCUUUCCUUGAGAAGAACAACUUGCUUUCGAUUAUUCGUGCGCAUGAAGCUCAAGACGCUGGCUACCGCAUGUAUAGGAAGACUCGGACGACUGGUUUCCCUAGUGUCAUGACCAUCUUCAGUGCACCUAAUUAUUUGGAUGUCUACAACAACAAGGCUGCUGUACUUAAGUAUGAGAACAAUGUCAUGAAUAUCCGACAAUUCAACUGCACACCGCACCCGUACUGGCUGCCCAACUUCAUGGACGUCUUCACUUGGUCACUUCCUUUUGUUGGUGAAAAGAUCACCGACAUGCUCAUCGCCAUUUUGAACACAUGCUCCAAGGAGGAGCUCGAAGAGGAGACACCGAGCUCUUUGGCCUCCGGGCCUUCAUCGCCUGCUAUUCUCAACAUGGACCCGGAAUCGACCGAGUACAAGCGCCGAGCCAUCAAGAACAAGAUCUUGGCCAUUGGUCGCCUGUCUCGCGUAUUCCAAGUAUUGCGUGAAGAGUCUGAGCGCGUAACUGAGUUGAAGACAGCGUCAGGUGGCCGACUCCCUGCGGGCACACUUAUGCUCGGCGCGGAAGGAAUUAAGCAGGCGAUUCACAGCUUCGAAGACGCACGCAAGGUCGAUUUGCAAAACGAGAGGCUCCCGCCUAGUCAUGAGGAGGUGCGAAAAUCUGCAGAGCUUAGCCGAGAGCAGGCUCUCGAAAAAGCAGCCAAAGAAGCGGACAAUGACCAGGGACUUGCCACUGUCGCAAGACGCAUCAGCAUGUCUUCGGGAUCCAGAGGCACACGAAAAAGUUAG